AAAAUCUGCUUAAUGAUCAUAGUAAGGAGAAAGAACAGUUUGCCAAAGCAGACAGAUUUUUAUACGAAAUGUCCAAAAUCAACCGUUACGAACCACGAUUGGCAACUUUGUUUUACGUCAAACGUUUCCCAGAACGAAUGGGCGAUAUAAAAACAAAAGUUAAAGCUGUGAUAGAAGCAUCUAAGCAAGUGUUCCGCAGCAGAAAAUUCCGUGAUUUACUGGAAGUUGUAUUGGCCUUUGGAAAUUAUAUGAAUCGUGGAUCAAGAGGAAACGCUACAGGGUUUAAAAUUGCCAGUAUCAAUAAGAUCAUGGACACAAAAUCGAGUUCGAACAGCAAAAUUAAUCUUUUAGAUUACUUGGUCAUGCUUUUGGAUCAAAAGUUUCCGGCCGUACUGCAGCUUCAGGAAGAAAUUGGAGAUGUUAAGACAGCUGCUAAUGUCAGUCUUGUAGAGUUACAAAAAGACGUAAAGAAAUUCAAAACAGAACUCAAAACAGUUGAAAAGGAGUAUGAUUAUCAUGGUAAAAAUAAGGAUAAAUUAUCUGGUGAUAAUUUCGUUAAAGAAACUGGAACUUUUCUCACAGCUGCACGAGCGUCGUUCAAUGAACUUGAUGAUUCCUUGAAGGAGAUGAAAACAAGAUACGAGAAAUCUGUUUCGGCGUUUGGUGAACAACCAAAGACCAUUACCUCGAAAAAUUUCUUUGGCAUUUUUUACACGUUUUUAGUAUCUUUUGCCGUAAGUCUCUUUUUGUUGUUUUAGUUCUGUUCAACGCAUGCGCAGUAGA